GAAUGCUGUGGUGUAUCGUGAUCUGAUUUUAUGCUCCACAACGGCGACGACGACACCCGCUGACUCGGUUCGGGUAGUGUUGGACGGCAUCGACGGCUAUUAUUAACAAAACAUUGUAGAUUCAUCGUCGUCGUCGUCGUCGUCGAAGAUCAGUGCGGAGAUAAAUCUUUGCGACGCGCUCUAAAUGGGGAUGGGUGGGUUGUCGAUCGAGGAUUACUGAGAGCAGCACCGAAUCGUGAACUGUCGGGUUGUGUGUGAGUUUGUGUAUUUGUCGUGAGAGUGAGUGGGAGCAAAAAAAACAAGGGCCACCAUAGGACUCCCGUGUGUGGUCAGCCAGCCAGCGAAUCACAGUUGCUUAGUUGCGAGAGUGCGAUCUUACUUGCUAGACGUGUUGGCGGGUGUAGAAGGAUCGCCCAAAAUCCGCGCGUUUUCCCCCGCCGUCCACCGGAAAAAAAUCAGUGAAGAAAAUUACAUUCAAACGGUGCUCGAAAGCCAUUUAUUUAGCCAUCAAGUUCAAGUGACCCGCGUGUGUAAUUUCCGGCACCCAAAAGUGCUAAUGAGAAGGAAUAUUUUUCGCGACGAAGUAAAAAUUCCCAUUCAGACGGGGAGGUGAUUUUUCCUGCACCGAACCCGAACAGAUGAAAAGUGCGGUUCUAUAAAUAAAAAAAAUCUCGAGAAAGUGGCGGUGUCUCGGCGGUGAACAUGCUUGCUGCAGCUUUGACUGUGUAGCGGAUUCGGAAUACUGCCGUUCAAGAAGAAGAAGAAGAUAAAAUUAAAAAAAAAGAAAAGUGAAAAAUCAAAAUCCUGCACUGUGUUAGCAGUUUGAAAUCAAACCAGUUACGCAAAGUUACGUGAUUUGUUUUCCUUUUUUUUCGGUGCAAACGAGUGCGGAAAACCAAGUGCAUCCUAAAUGAAUGAAGCUUUCAAUUUCUAUUAUCAGAACUUGUUCUCGAUAACUACUAAUUUGAACUAAAGUUCGAUUGAAAACAAACGUAAAAGUUGAAAAUGAGUUAAUUGAAAUAGCCUAAACACUCAAAAAAAAUAAUAAUAAUCAAAAGGUGCGAAACAAAAAGAGAAGAAAACGAGAGUCGUUUACUCGCCAACUCAUAUGUGUGUUCGUGUGCUCGAUGCUGCCGGCCUGGCGCCAAAGGCGCUCCAUCGGCUGUUGUGAACAACAACAAAAACACCAUCAACAACAACAACAACAACAGCAGCAGUCGUUCUGUUUAUCCGUUCACUACAGAAAAGUCUAGCAUAUAUCAGAAUACACAUUAAACAAAAAAAAACAAUUAGCUGUCCGUCAACGGCGGUGCCUCCGUGCGUCCUACGGUCCGUGGAUGUGGAUAAUGAUGUCGAAGCAGUCCUCCGCUUCGUCGCCUUCGUCGAAUGUGCGCGGUUUUAUCGUCGAAGGUCAACCGAACCACCAUCUUCACCUCCAUCAACAGCAGCAGCAGCAGCAACAACAUCAGCAACAGCAACAACAUCAGCAACAGCAGCAGCAACAUCAACAACAGCAACAGGAGGACCUCGAUGCGAUCGCGAAGCAGAUCUCCGAUCACGCCGAAGCGAUCUACCAGACAUGGAAAGCCCGUGGCCUAGCGCCAACUGAGAUUCUCAACUGUCAACUGCCAACGGCAGACGGCGAGAAUGCGUUCAGUAAAGCCUUGAGUCCUACCGGUACUACUACCUGUUCCGCGUCGCCGACGCCAACGUCGGCCCAGAACGCAUCCGCUUCCGGGGUAGCCGAACUGCUGGCGCAAGCUCCCGAACUUUCCAACAAUAGCCUCGAACAGCUGGUCAGUUCGUUUGUGAACGAAGACAAGGCCCGAAUCGCAGCGCAGAAGCAGCAGCGAACUUCCGGGCGACCUGCUACAGCCGGAUCGGCCAUUAAGAGUGUGCUACAAAAGUUUGAACAGAACGGUGCUCAAAAUUUGAACACUUCUCCGGUUAGCAAACCCAACUACAACCGACCCGGAGCUAGUGCUAGCAAAGUGAUCAACAACAAUAACAAUAAUAAUAAUCACAGUACGCUAAACCAGAACAACGUUCCAGAUGUGCUAAAAGAUACGAUCGUCGAGAAACCUCGCGAGAAACCUCAAACUCCGGUCAAACCGGAACACUUGUUGAACCAUGUUCCUAGCUGGCCGCUGAAGAACCGUGUAGUGAAAGGUCCAGCAGGUCAGCAAAAUAAUUCCGAUAAGGCCAACAACGUAAACCACCACAACCACCACUACAUUGUGUCUAGCCCCAACAGUGGUUCCAGUAACAACAACAACAACAGCAACGGUACCAGCAGCAUCAGUAGUAGUAAUAACAGUAGUAGUAAUAGUAGUAAUAGUAGUACUAGUAGUAUUAACAACACCAAUAGUAACAGUGGCCUUAGUAGCAACACUGGCAUAACCGGUUUUCGCGGUAACAAGAACACCUCCAACCUGCUCGAAGAGGUAAUUCGGGAGGAGGAACGCUUAAUAAACGCACUCAAAACGGGAACCGUACUGAACAGUAGUGACAGUCUACUGCCGGAAGUGAUCACUUCCACCCUCGGGGAUCGUGACGUUCCCGACUACGGCUACAGCAGUCCGGCGUCGGACAUGGUGACCACCGCGGCACUGAUUGCCAACACCAACGGUACCACUGGCACGAAUGGCACCAACGGCGCCGGCGCCGGUGUCGACGGCCAGAACAGCUCCGGUCCUGCCGGUGUUAAGCACUGGAACGGGGUCCCGAUGAAACCGAACCACAUACCGAUCCUUAGCCUGCACCAAAUCCACGAACAGCAGAAGCUGUCGACGAACUUUACGCGCAAUGUUGCCACCACCAGACUGCCGAAGGACUUUGGCCGGCUGACCGGAACGGAAGACAAAAAGGACUUCCAGGCGAAGACCAUUCCGAGCCCGAUUCGGCCGUUCCUGUCGCGUGGUUCGGUGGCCGAGCGGGUGCUGAUCUUCGAGAAAUGCCCGGAGAAAGCUCCACCCCGGGAACGACCGAAGGAACCGGUGAAGGUACAGUCGAAACCUGUCAACAGACUAAUCCCGCCAAACAUUCACACGACGCUUCAGCGGCACUUGCGGAACUCAACGAAAGCUCCCUACAUACCACAAUUCCACUUCCCCAAUGGAAAACCGCCACCAUCGAUCACGACCGAGACGACAAUGCAACGGCUGGAGCAGGUCUUCGAUAGCCUUCCCAACUACGAGUGCAAUCGGGAUAAGUUCCACAUGAUUGUCACGAUGUGCCAAGUGCCACUGUACUGGCGAGUACCGCUCUUCAUGUGCACACCCCUGACCUCCAACGGCUGUGUGAACGGCGACAAGUUCAUCAGCUUUUGGCGACAGAUGACCUCCUUCUGCCACGAUCCGGCGUCUCGUUUCGUGUACAUCAUGUCCCGGGGGGAUCGCACACGACCCUACAUUCUGCCGGAAGAUUUUGCCGCACUGAUACAGGACGUGGUCGACACCCAUCCGGGGUUGGCAUUCCUCAAGGAGGCAGCCGAAUUUCAUUCGCGGUACGUGCACACCGUGAUAGCCCGAAUCUACUACAACGUGAACCGCAGCUGGACGGGGAAAAUUACGACUCCCGAGCUACGGAAGUCCAACCUGCUCGAUGUGAUACAGCUGCUGGAGGAAGAGGAAGACAUCAACCAAAUCAUGGCGUAUUUCAGCUACGAGCACUUUUACGUCAUCUACUGCAAGUUCUGGGAGCUUGACCGGGAUCACGAUCUGUUUAUCGAUCAGCAGGAUUUGGCCAGGCACAAUGAUCAUGCACUCUCGUCCCGCAUGAUUGAGCGCAUCUUCUCCGGCUGUGUGACCCGUGGAGCCCGACGGGGCAAUCCCAGUCCGAUGGUGAUGGGCCCGAACGGACCGAAAAUGUCCUACACGGACUUCGUGUGGUUCCUGCUGGCAGAGGAGGACAAGACGCACCCGACGGCGAUCGAGUACUGGUUCCGCUGUAUGGACGUCGACGGUGACGGUAUGCUGUCGAUGUAUGAGCUGGAAUACUUCUACGAGGAACAGCAGCACCGGAUGGAGUCUCUUGGUAUCGAGACACUGCCAUUUGAAGACUGCCUGUGCCAGAUGCUGGAUAUGAUUAAGCCAACCACACCCGGCUGUAUCACGCUUGCCGAUCUGAAACGGUGCAAAAUGACGCCCAUCUUUUUCGAUACGUUCUUCAACCUGGAGAAGUACAUGGAGCACGAGCAGCGGGAUCCAUUUGCACAACGUGAUAAUGACGAUCUCUCCGACUGGGAUCGUUACGCCGCCCAGGAAUAUGAACUGCUGGUGGCAGAGGAAGGAGGUGACACUCAAGGCUGCCUAGACGCAGCCGACGACGAUGAUUUUGGUGGGGAAAUUUCGUCGCGUCGUCCUUUGUCCGGACAUUCCGGUGCUGCGAUCGCCAGUGGUGGCACUAAUCGGACCACCAGCACCGUGUCCAUUUCGUCCACCGUCAGCACACACCAGCAUUCGAGUAAGAAGGACGGCAAGUCCUUAGGAUCCGUCGUUGCAACUACUUCUGCUGCUGCUGCUGCUGAUGAUGAUGAUGCUGCUGUCGUUGUUGUUGCUGGACCUUCGGCUGCAUCCGCACAGGGCAGAAAAGCGAUCGAUAAUGACAUUAGCACAUUUUUUAAUGCAUUCUGUGUGUCAUAUGACGAGGAUGAUGAUUACGAGUCAAACAUUGACAUUUUAGAGACACAGUUAGAUGAUUGUUUGCUGAACGAAUGGUGAGAGGAGGGGACCGGCGGACCGCGUGGCCGCCGGAAGUUCAGUGCCAGGGCCACCGACACCAGCGGCGGCGAUGGGCUCGCCUCGGAUACGAUCACCGUGCUCCAGGAUGAUGACCUGGAGCGCAUCGAACAGGAGAUCCUGGACGAGCUGAAUCAGUUCUGAGUACCGGUGACCGGACUGAAUGUGACGACAACAACAAAACCAUAUAACCAUCGUUUCGAUCGGAUAGAAAUUACCGCCUACAUACACACACACACGCUCGCGCACGUUGACAGCUACUCCAGGAGACAGUUGAACGUAAAGCACGAUUUGAAAAAAAAGAAGAUUCAUGAUACUAUUUUUAGAAUGGAAUUUUGGGAAUUGCGCGAUAUUGGAUCGGAUUUGUGUAAAACAAAAAAUAAGACUUCUGUCAUGCAGUCCUGUGUAAUCAUCAUCGUCUUCAUGUUUAUAUAGCAUAGCCAUCAUUAGCAGCAUCAUCGUCAAUAUCAUUAACAUCAUAAUCGCUGGAGUAAACCACAUGAAAAGAAUUAUUCGUAUUUAGGGAUAUUUACAGUCAGUGAAAACGCAUGUAAUUUUAACCAGAAUCUCUAGGUAUUUUUGAACUGUCUAGCUGUAACCAAUGAACACACAAAUGAAUACAUUUAAAACGAGGAUUUGAACAACAUCUUCCGUAGAAAGCGGGAUGACGUGACGAGUAAAAAAAAACAAAAUUUGACACACAAAGUAGGCGAUCGCUUUUGAUUGCUUCAGUUAGUAUAGUAGCCCAGGAUAGGGAAACCGUGAGGUUCAAGUUUUUAUUUCAGAUAAUUUAUCAGUAGGCUACAAUAUAACCGGAAUAGUAAGCUUAGGCUCGUAGAGUUACCGCCAAUUAUGAACAAAAAUGUAACAUGAGCUAGAACAGCUGAACACCAUGCUAUAUCUUUUCUAUGAUCAAACGGUAGAAGAACGCGAUAGUCUUGUUACCAUUGAAGCUUGCAAAACGGUGUUGGCCGGUCGACUUCCCUUUGUGAAGAAGAAAAUUCGGUUUGUGUUUGAAGGGUAGUGUCUCAAAGGAGAACCAAUUUGUAAUUUUAUCUGCUAAUUUAAUAACAGCUUUGGUUAAAACUCAACCCACGAUGCAGAUAUGCAUUGGUGAGUGUCACAGUGUGCACGAUCAGAUAUUCAAUUUCGGGUUUUCUUAUAUAUCUUCGAGUAAAAUCCUAAUAUCUAUUUGGAAAACUGAACAACUGCCCGAUGGAUCUAAGCCCUAUGAUGAAGUUUGUUUUUCCUGUUGGAAACAUUUAUUUAUCUGUUUCGUUUCGUAGUUUAAAAAUUCUUGUAAUCACUGGUUUGUUUGAUGUUUUAUUUUGUUAUAGAGGUCUAGAAUAUGUAUUAAUACCGAGAAAUCGGUAUACCUGGCAACGUUGAUUUCAUACACUGAAAAUUAUUUGUUGAUAUUCAGUGGAAAUCAUGCUACAAUUUUCUGAUAUGCACAUCAAAAUGAUAAGAUAUAUCGUUGCCUCUGGAUUCUAUAUAAAUAUCAUAUACAUGUCACAUUGUUUUCCAUAUAGAUUUCAAUUGAAACACGGAUGACCAAAUCAAGUUUUUUGCAAAUAUAUUUGUACUGUACUCAUUCCCACUAGAAAAUGGAAUGUUUAACACAUGUAGUUCGAUUCAAUAGCAAAACACAUCACAUCCAAAGGAAAAACAAAUCAAAAUAAGUGGAACGUAAUCUAAUCUUGCACUUGAAAUCUUAAAACAAAUCACUUUGGUUAUGUAUUGAAAUACAAAAGCUUUUGUAGUGAAGUGCUAUUUUCAUAUAAAUCGAUCGUGCAAAUUUUUAUCAGUGUGGCAACGUGGAUUUCAUACACUGAGACUCCUAUUUUUACCUAUUUUUUGACGAGAAAUCAAUCAUUGUCGAGCUCUUCUAUAAGAUACCGAAAAUAAGGUCGUUAUCUACUCAAACUUCAACUUGAUCGUGAAAAGUUAGUAGCGUGCUUUGGUUUUUUGGGUAAACUUACAUUUACCUAAAUUUUAAGGUCCUCACUCGUUACCUGAAAUUGGGGAAAUACACUUUAGUUGAUUUUGGGUUGGUUUUGUCUCAAAAUUAGGUAGCGGCUGGUAAGAGUGUAUACCAUUUAAGCAGAGAUGCCAGGUUUGCAGAUUUGUCUGUAAAUCUGCAGAUUUCUUAAACAAGCUACAGACACGUUUGUGUUGCAGACUUUUCAAAAAACGUGUAUUUCGUCAAAAUUUACAGACUUACGUUCGGGGCAGUCUUUUUUAUUCUCACUAAACCUAUUUCGUGCAUCAUACUAUCUGGCAUCUCUACAUUGGAAUCAGUUUGUCGUUUAAAUUCUAAAUCAAUAUUUCUUACUUUUUGACAUUUGAAAUAACACUGCUUACUUGCGAGUAAAAUUGAACGAGCGUGAAAGAAUCCUGAGUGGAAACAAUUUCUCGACUUUCGAGUCCAAUAACGCCAAUUUUUGUUUCCUUCGACUAAAGUGUUAAGCUUUCGACGUCGAUGGUAACAACCAGAACAUAAAAUUGUCACGCAUUCUCAAUGAAAGAAACCAUUCCAAAAACCUCACGUUCAAUAUUUUACUGUCUCAUUCGAAAAUGACCGACACCAGAACAAACGAAGAGAGCCGAAGCAUUUUCGUUUCUCAUCGACAAAAUGAGAGAGUAUAAUUGUCAGCGUCACUCUUUCCUCUAUGACAAGACAAAAACAAACUAACGUCUGCAGGGAGCAUCAGCAGAAUUUCAAUUCUCAUUCUUUAAUCGGUGUAUUGAAACGCUUGAACGCUUGGCUAUAAAGAGUGACUAAAAUAAGUCAUUGUGAAACCUUUUUCUGUCAUUUUCGAUUUUCAAAACUUCGGUUGAAUACCGACACUGCCUAUUAUGGGAUUAGCACUGAAAACACAAUUUUAAAACCAUUGUUCCGCUUUUGGCAUUGACUGGACAUAGAUUUCGUUCUCAUAGUUUGCAAGGAAAGCUGAGAGUGACAUUAAUUUCUCGUCAUUUUCGCCUAUUUUGAGUCAAUGAAAAUGACUUUUAUUAGCUCUGGUAACAACUGGUAAUGGAUCAAAGUCUACAUUGAAAUACGAAUUAUCCAAAAAACUUUUAACCAAAACCGCAUCAUGUGAUCGAGUGUUUUUAUGAAGAAAAAUUUGAAUCUGGCAUAAAACUCAGACCAUUGUUUUCGAGUUCCACCGCAAAAUAUAUUUGGAUUGAUACUUUUAAUUCUCUUUCUCGUUUUCACUAUGAAACGAGAGACCUAUUCGUAAAGCACGAACCGAUUGUUUACAUUUAUAUUAUAUUAAAUAAUCUAUAUGUCGCAGCACGUUUAAACUUGUACAUAUGUGUACUUGUAUUACUCGUGCUGCUAUUGUAGGUCUUGUGUUGAUUUGGUAGACAUUUGCUUAUCUGUGUGUACAGUAAAUAAUGUCCGCAAUCGUCGCUACUUCCACUGGCAGUGUUGUUCGUUUUGUAAUCAAAUUUUUGUAUGGAAAACGGAUCUUCCACAGUUGAAAUUCAUCGAGAAUUACACUUAGUUUACGAAGUCAAAAGGGUUAAUACACAGAAAAAAAGACAAAUAUGUGCACUAACUUUUCUCGACGAAGGCUGAAACAAAUUUCUGACCUUCAUUCAGAUUAAAAUUGUCGGUUCGAGAAUGACAGGGUGAUAACCACAAAAUUUCAAUUUCAAGAGUAUUCUUUUAUGAGUGACCUUGGAAACAUUUGGUUAGCACAAUAUUUUAAUUUGCUGAUCUCCAUCAACAAACGCAUUUCAGCCGUAGUGGUUUCCCGUUCCGGGAUUACCGGAAAUAUUUAUUUAUUUAUUUAUAUUUAUUUAUUUACUAUUAUUGUGUCCAUCGGAUACAAGAUCUAAAUGGACAAUUAGAGUGGGAAAAAAUCUAUUUAAGUUGAACUGUUCGUUAGUCAUUCUCAAACGGGCGCAAAAUCACUAUCUUUUCAAAAACAUAAACAAAAGUAAUAAAACACAAUGUAACUUAAAGCUAGCUUAAAAAUUCAAAUCACAGUGGAUCGUUUCAGUUUUUUUUGCGAAAUGACUAGAUGAUUCACCAAGCUCGAAAAAAUCCUCAACAGCGGUGAAAGUUCGAAUGGAAGCAGUAAUCGGUUCAUUAAAGCCAAAACGAGUCCUGUGAAAUCUCUGCUGAAGCAGUGUUGUAUUCCGCAGUGUGAUUACAUAAAAACUCCAAAAUGGUACUUACCUCGAUUUAUCGGAGACUGUUUGACCCUUUUUUAACACCAGGACUUAAGUUCAAACAAUCGAUCUUAUGAUUCCAUAGAUUUCUAUGAAAUUUCUUCCGGAAUCGACUUCUGCUUCCGGAAUUAUACGAUGAAAAUGUCCUACCGUCGUUUAAGUGCGGAUUUAAAAGUAAAGUUUUGGCGUAAAUCAUAUUAAUUUGGAAGUUGUUGAAGUCCAACAAAAAAAAACGAACGAUGAACAAUGCUUGCUUAGGCUAUGAACCAUUUCGCGGUUAAUUUUAACUUGAAAUCUGACAUUUGAGCGGUUAUUUUGUGUCGAGUAGAUAAAUUUAACUAAAACUGCAACCCAUUUCAAAGUUUGACGAAUGGAAAGUUAUUUGGGUUUAUUUUGCACGGGAAACAAUUUUAACUAAAGAAUUGAUAUUAGAAUUUUCUUUGCAAGAUUUUUUUCAGUGUCGGAAAAUAACCUUCGAUCUGUCAAAAAUAACAAUGCUUUCGAGCAGGGUUAUUUUGGACAACAUCAAAAUAACCGCACGAGAGUUAGAUUUCAACCAAAAGUUCAAAUUAACCGCGAAAUGGUUCACAGCCUUAGAGGGUCAUAAGAGGAAAUUCUACAGGGAAACGGAAAACUAUUUAAUUUUGAGUACUGUUCAUCUGACUUCAGGAUUAUUGAACAUAACCUAACUUUAGGUAAAACACCUGACACCUGACUUCAGGGUUAUUGAACAUAACCUAACUUUAGGUAAAAUGGCUCAAGUAGCUUCCAUAAGACACUCAACCAGAGCUGCUAUAUGUCACUAUGAACUUUGCACGAUGAAGAUUCGAAAGCUUAUGUCACUGGACUGCUGGCAACCAGGCCACCAUAUAUUGAGUGUCUGAGAGCCGAUGUGUCAGAACUCACCAGGACGCUCUUUGAUUGCCGGUGCGAACUCCGCAUUUCGAUGACUUUUGCAAAGAAAAAUGAACUUUAUUAAUUUAAGUUUAUGUUAGCACACUCAUUGAAUUUUUUACUUCAACAGGGAAUAGGAGAAUGAGAGAGAAAACAAAAAAGUCGAGUAUCUCAUUGGACAGUCACCUUCACCGUACCGUUUACAGUUGACCGAGAUUUUAGUCAGACUGCCAAGGUCAUUUGACAUGACUGACAAAUUGCAACUCUGUACUCAACUAUUGAGUUUUAUUGAGCCAAUUACCGGUUGAAUGCAGAUUACAUCAUUUGAACUUAUUGAACGAAAUUUUCGUAGUUUUCCAUUUUGUGUUUUGGCAACAAUGGAAAAAAAACAACUCAAAUUUAACUUAAAAGUGAUUGAAAAUAGGUACUUUUAGAGCAAAUUCAGCAGCUGCGAGAUUCAUAUGGGUGGUCUAUAAUAUAACUGAAACUGAAACAAACGUAUCCCCAGCAAGCCGUUCUAGUUUUAUUUAUUCGACCAGUUCUUCUGUCAAAUUUAAAACUGGUCUACAAUGCCGUUCUAUUUUUUGUAUAUUUGAAACACGAGUAAAACACUGCUGGGGCUGCCAGUUUUUCUUGUUAUAAAAUCCAGAUUUAAAUUUUGUAACUGACAAUUAUUAUUAUUAUGCAUCUAGAACUAAAACACUUCUGAAUAUGCCCUUAUGAUAUGUGUAUCGACCCGAUUGCUACGCAAAACAAAUCUAGCCUGCUAUGUUUCAAAUAUAUACAUUUUGUGUUGUACGUGGGACGUAUUUCGUUGAUUUCAGCUUUGAAGUAAUACAUCAUUCUUGGUAUAGAGUCAAUUGUCCAUUUAAUUCAACGAAAAAUCGGUCAACCGGGGGCUUAGAUCCAACAUUUGAAAAACUUUCAUUGACGAUUGAUAUCAGGGAAAUGUUGAAGUUUUACAGUUUACCUGUCAGUUCAAACAUUCCGAUUACUUUUGAAAUAUCUGAUUUGUUGCAUUCUUAUUCUUAAAGUCAACAUUUUAAAACGUCGAUUGUUUUGUUGCUUAUUAUUAUUAUUAUGUUGAACUUCUAUACGUAGGUGCCAAAAUUCAAUACGCUCUAGACUUUAUAGACCGUAUUUUUUAAAUGAAUCAACAGUUGCUUAAGCAAGUAGGGAGAAAUCCGUCCUUUGAAAAAAUAGCGGCAUAUUACUUCAUAAAAAGGAAUUGUUCAAACGAACCCCAGGAAUCAUCACCCGCACCAAAAAUCAUCGCAAAUCAGAAACAAUCGAAACCAUAAACUAAUAAACUAGGCAAGCAUACUGUACCGAAGCACUAAUUCGAGUUCGAAAUCACCACCGUCGUAGCGCCCUCUGCAUUUUCUAACGUUCAACAUGCCAGCGAAUAACAAAACACAGAACAACACUUCCUUCGGAAUGAAACAAAUGCAUAACGAAAAAAAAAACACGCUAAUUCAUCGAACAACCACACUACAUUUUAUAUCGAACGGUAUCUGUUCUUUUUUUAUGGAUGACACAUUUUUAAACCUGUACUGUAUUUCCGCGCCCACUUGCUCCGGGUUUGUUGGUGACUUCCGCUGACCGCAGCGAGGGAAGCGAUAGCGAUAGCGACGAAGAUGUCCGAAGCCUUCGGAUUAGCUGGCGGGAGCGGUAUCUGCGAAAACGCCGAAACAAGAAAAAGAGGAAGUAGGCACCGUUUGUCAACCGCUGUAAAUAUGGUGGACUUGUCAGCGUUCAGUGAUGUUAGAUAGUUUUUUUUUAUUUUGUUUCAAAACCAAAAUUUGUUCAUUUCUUUCUUGUCAUUUACUUUUGGAUUAGACGACUAUUGUUUUAAGUAGCUCAUUCUCUAAUAAAGGCGUACUGAUUAUGAGCAUAUGUACAAUGGAAUAUAAUGGCAAAAAUGAUCAACACAAUAAGAGUAGGCCAUGACUUUUACUCACACGAAGAUAUACCGCAAGAACUUUACCAUUAACUACAUUGUAAAACAAACUGAAUUUACCGUAAAAACAUGACUAGACAGAGAAAUCGAUUAGUUUUAUAAUCAAAACCUAUUCCGAUAGAUGGCAUCAGAGAAACAAGAAAACGUCGUUUGUAGGGUAAACCAUAUAGUGUAAACCAAACUAAACUGAUAUUAAAUGUAUUUUACGGCAUGCAGAUACAAACCAACCAACAGGAAACCAAAUAUGUUUGUUAGACUCGAACAGGAUGAAAGGUCAAAUAGAAAAAAAACGUCUAGUAAGUAAGUAACCUUUUUCUAAGAAUCAACAUUUUUCUACAAAACAAAAAACAGACGCAUACUCCUUUGGAAAUAACUAAUUCACACCAAUAUAUACAAAUAGUGGAAAUAGUAAAAAAAAUGUGUCUAUUGGACAAGUAUAACAUCCCGUACACAAACAGAAGCACAUUGAUGUCAACAUGUAAAAGAAACCAGCUGUCACGCCAAAAAAAAAACAUGGCGUCCUUCAUUCGAUAGACUACUGAUCUUUCAAGUUAUGAGAAGAGAAAUACCAUACAUUUUAUCGACUUAUGUAACUUUAAACGUUGUUUAUGGAAAACCUAUUUAUAUAUUUGAACAAACAACAAGCGCAUAUCUAGUUAUUUAAUUCGUAACCCUAAUCUAGUCCAAUUUGUGCUAACAACCAAUCAAGAUGGCGUCUAUUCACCUGCCAAGACAAGAGCUCGAUGAAGCAUAGGUCACUGCAGUAUGCUCUUUACUAAACUUCCAUCGUCUCCCUAGCUGCUAUUACAGUAUGAACCAAAAUCGAUUAGCUUCUUUCCUCUCGUAAACAAAGUCCCUCUCACUAUAUUUCUUAGUUUGCGGCUUACCCCUAAAUAUAUGUAAUCGAGUUCGAAUUUCAAAACUGAAAAGAAUGAGUGCCGCAUCGAUCAGAGCUUGUUUGUUAAGUUUUAAACUAGUUUAUGCUAAGUUUUUUUUUCCGUAAGCAAACUGUUCAAUCAAGUACAUUCAAAUUAUUUAUUAUGGAACAAAGCGAAUCGCCAUGCUCGGAAACGUGUGCGAAAACGAGCUACCAAUACCAAGGGAGGAAACAUAAUUUUGAGUUGUAUCCCGUGUAAAUUAGUACGCACCCUUUUUUCGUAUUUUAAUAGAUCUUUCUUAUAAAACUAUUCAUUAUUAUUCAUCAUCGAAAGCCCUCGAAAUUCGGAAAACAUUUCCGUAGGAAUUUUCUAACAUACAAUGACGCUUGCAGGUGUCAGCUUGUAGACUGCGUUCCGUUUUUGCUUAAAUUAAUUUAAAAAAAAUGCUAGAAGUUUCAAGUCGGAAAGGACUUUGGUUUGAACUUUUUAGAACCAUUCCCGUCAAAUCACUUGCUUGUUCGCGAAAGUUUGAAGAUCUUACAUUACGACCUAGUACCAGUUAUGUUAUUUCGAGCAUCACAUUUGAAAAACAAGGGAAGCACCCUCGAAAUGAUUCAAUAAAAGUAUCGACCUAAAACAUCUUGUUAUCAAAGAUGCCAUCUUCACAGAUUAAUCUGGGUUCGAAAGAUUCUCAAUAUGCUGCACAGAUUUUAAAAAUGACUCAGUUUUUCACAGAUUUCCGCGGCGGGCAGAUUUCCCCCCAGACGGCUGGCUAUGUCUGCCAGAAUUCCGGCAAAAGUCUGGCAACAAUGCAACAACCGUUUCCGGUAGAGAAUUUCGCCUAGCAGUUAUUAACGGUUCUUUUCUGUCGGAUUCUUGCCAUACAAGAUUGGCAGAACCGUUUUGAAUCGGUUCUACAUUUUAAGCGUCUUGGAUUUAUUUUUUCAAUAAAAGAUACAUAUGAAAGGGAAUAAGUUAUUGCCCUUCAUAUAUACUAAUCAUGGAAAAUGUUAUUAACAAUAACAUUACUUUCUCACUACCAAACAUACCCAUAUUUCAAUCUCAUUUACCUCGUCUCAAGAUUCGUUUUUUGUACGUACAUGCGGGAUUGACGAAUAUCAAAUGAAGUCAAAAAAAAAAAAGAAAAAAGAAAGAGGAGGGAAAUAAACAAGACAAGUACGGCGAGAUAAUGACGCAAUUUCGCCUGGACAAUUUUGACAGCAGCCGAAAAGCAGCCAGUCUUCUGACGGUUGCCAGAAUUCCUCACAAGCGGGAAGCUGCGGCCCAUUUCAAAGUUUGACGGAUGGAAAGUUAUUUGGGUUUAUUUUGCACUGGAAAUAAUUUUGACUAAAGAAUUGAUAUUAGAAUUUUCUUCGCACGAUUUUUUUCAGUGUCGGAAAAUAACCAUCGAUCUGUCCAAAAAAAACCAUUCUUUCGAGCAGGGUUAUUUUUGACAACAUCAAAAUAACCACUCGAAAGUCAGAUUUCAACCAAAAGUUAAAAUUAACCAUGAAACGGUUCACAGCCUCAGUGUGCUAGUCAGGCGUAGAGCUGCCAACUGAUUUUGGAUCUGUAUUUGGAGAAAAAAUCUAUAUGUACAAUAUCUAUCUCGAAAGCUAAAAAAUCGAUUUAGUAAGGAUACUGAUUUUGCGAGCAUAACAGAAAAGGUCGCUCAACCUGUUUUACCCCUAUGGAAUCAAACAUAAAAACUGAAAAUCGGUAUUUAUCUGUUUGAAAAUUGAAUUAUCGGUAUUUUAAGAGAGCAUACCUCUAUUCCUGUAUCGAGUCCAAAAAUCGGUAUAGUUGGCAGCGCUGGUCAGGCGACUUACGCCAUUUUGUUACACUCCAGCUUGAGGAAUGGACGAUGCAGAUAAAGGUAGGCCUUUUUGUUGAUUUCCAGCUAACUUCAACAGUUUGUGCUGUAUCUCUGGUGAAGAUCUGGUAAUUUACUAGUUCUAGAUAUUGGAAAAACUUGAAGAUUUCAAUUUUGUCGUGAAUACGACUUACUUUACUAUGGGGCGCCUUUUCAAAAUUAGCCAUAUGGAAAAAUGGGCAGAACUUAAUCGUGAAUAUUACGACUUGCAUUAAUGGCAGCAACAUAAUUCUUUCAAUAUUUCAUCAAAAAUAUGAUCAGGAAUUUAGGAUAAUAUUUUGAACAGUGUGAGAUAACCACAUACAACUCAAAAAUUAAGUUAUCUGAAAAUUUUGAACCAACGCGGAAAACUCUUUACUUUCGCUGGAGCUUUUCGCGCAAGGACGACGAUUUUGAGGUAGUCAGGCACAUAUCUUCAACUGAACGUUAUAAAAAGGGGAACCGUGGUCGAAAAUCGAUCAUUUCUUGUGCGUUGGAUGAAAGCAGACGUCGGGGCGAGAAGACGCAUUCAACCUCAAUUCAACCUGGUUAAAAACCUCAAACGCUCAGGUCGUAGUUCUCAUUUGCCUUCCGGUCGUCAAGGCGAGAAGACGCAUUAAACCAGUUUUGCAUCAUUUGGCACUGCGAGCGGAUGUGUCGGUUUAUAGGCAAAGCUAGUUUCAAUUCAAGCAAGAACGAUUGCAUCAGCUGCUGGUGCUUUGCAUUGGAGAGAAAGAAAACAAGAAACGAAAAGAGGACAACAUUAUAAAAAAUCAGCCGUUCUAAUGGCUCUAAAUGUUAUCUAAAGAACUAAUAAGAUUACUUUUUUGCAAAUCGAAGGUAAAAAUUAUCAGUUUAGUGAAAAUACAAAAUUAUUCGUUUUGCUUCGUGCACUUUUCGCUGCGCGAAAAUCGUUCGAGAUAAAUGUUCCGAACUGUGCUAAAUAUCGUAGAGAAUUCCACAAUUUGGUCCUUCUAAAAGGCAAAAAUGAUUCCCGUACUGCACCUUGAUCAUUUCUUUCAAUGAAAUAUGCAAAUCCGAAAUGGGACAAAUCGACGUCAAAAAAAAAACGGAAGAAAAUUUCGCAAUUCACACAAUCGGUCAAUUAUCAAUUCGAAUUCGAAAGUGUAAAGAAAUCGUGUCAGUUUAAUUCAUAUUCACGACAUCCAGUUACGUUUCUGACAUUACACACCCGUACUUUUUUUUAUUUCGAAUUUACCUUAAAAUCAGCUCAAAACCGUGCACAAUCGGAUAAGAAGAAGAAAACGAAUUGGCAAUUCAGUUGGUUUUUUAUCACUCAAUUUUGACAGAUAUCCAAACUAAUCCAUUCAGAAUCGGAUGUUGCACUGGAUUCCGCUUUGAUUUGGAUUUCAUACUGAAUUCCACAUGAAUUUCUGAAUGAAAAUUUUUCGCCUACUCGGAUUCGAUUCGGAAUUUAUUUCGAACUGAUCAUGUGGGUGUAGAUCUUCGUGCCGACUUCGCCCCUGAUUCAAAAUUGUCCGAUAACAACCCGUUCAAAGUAAUAUUUACAUUGUAUCUCGUUAGAUCGAAAAUAAAAAUUAAAAAGCUCUACAAUAAAAAAAAUCUAGCGAGAGCCUUUCGUUGGUCCAAUGAACGUCCAGUUAAUCGUCCAACAAGACGCCACAGACUAUUGAACAGUAGGCCGUUUUUGACUGCUCGAUUCAUUCAACAGAUCCGACAGGCGACCAUUUUAAUGUCGUUUUCGCUUGAUGCCAAACCUAACCUAGUUUCCACACUAACUGCUGUCAAACUAGUUUUGAACUUAGUUUUAACGAAAACGACAUAAAUAUGUGGAAUUGAAUUUCAAAAGUCGCAAGCUCAGCUGUUGAGGAUUUAAUGUGGGAGCUUCUUUAAAAAAAAAAUAAAGAACUCAAAGUUAAAUCGCAAAGUUUGUUUCAUCAAUGCGUAAUUGAGCAAUUUGACGUCUUUGUUACUCACACCGAUGCAGAGUGCGCAGAUCUAUCCAUAUACGAAAUUAUAAUGUGUGCGAGCCGAAGUCAAAGUUUGUUGUGGGUUCAAUUUUACACUGAGGUAAAACAUUUUUGACUCAUAAUCAUACACUGCGAAAAAUGCAUAUAGAAUUUCGUAAGCUAUGAACUAAUGAACCAAGUAGAAGACAGUUCCAUUGCGUGAUAUAGUGUUUCAUGAACGAUUUUAUGUCUUUCUCAACUGUUCUCUUGGCAUUGCAGUGUUUUUUAUUGCAUAUACUAGCUGACCCGUCGAACUUCGUCUCGCCUAAAAUUAUUUUUUUAAAUUUGUGUUUUCGGAUAGCAGAGUUGUCAAACGUUAAUGUUUCUUUCCAUUAUUUUACUGAUUACUUGGCUUACAAUAAACGAAUUACGACAAAUUCAUAUCCAAUACAUUAACUUCGUGCAGAAGAAGAAAUAUCAUCAAGAAUUAUUGUGGAUAUGUUCAAUGCUUUUGUUACGCAAAAACUAAACAAAUGCACCGAUUGCCAUCUCAUCCUUCGAGUCAGUGUAUUGAACAGAGAUUGUAGAUCUCUCUCAAACUAAAGGUUUGACAUGUGGGAUGAUGGAUUACAUUGAAUGAUAUCUGACUGGUCGUAGUACGACCGUGAAAAUUGUCGACUGCGUUACUCCAUCAUUCAUCGUGAACUCUGGCGUUCCUCAGAGAAGCCAUCUAGGACCAUUCAUAUUUCUACUAUAUCUAAAUGAUCUGAAUUUCUCAUUGCAAAGCAUGAAGCUAUCAUUCGCCGACGAUUUCAAGCUGUUUCAUCUCAUCAAAUAUCUGAAAGACUCAAACUUCUUGCAGUCACAGUUGAAUGUAUUUUCUAACUGGUGCAACGUCAACAGAAUGGUUAUUAACGCCUUCAAAUGCUUCGUUCUCUCGUAAACGAACCACGAUCAUGUAUGAUUACACUAUUUCACAAGCUUUACUAAAACGGGAGACAUCAAUUAAGGAUCUAGGAGUGUUAUUGGAUUCAAAACUUAGUUUCAAAUAUCACAUAGAAUAUAUGUUACCCUCUCUAAGGCAUUCAAGAUGUUAGAUUUCAUCUUUCACAUCUCAAAAAAUUUCAAUAACAUAUACUGCCUAAAAUCAGUUCUAGUUUGCUCUACACUGGAGUAUGCUGUUGUUGUUUGGGCACCAUAUUACCAAACUGAUAAGCUACGCAUUGAAACUGUUCAGGGCAAGUUCAUUCGUUUUGCUUUGCGUCGCCUGCCCUUGAGAGAUCCAUUUAAUCUUCCAAGCUACGAUAAUCGUUGUAGGCUCAUACACUUCGAUUUGCUAUCUGUCCGCCGUGAUACACAAAAAGCUGUUUUCGUCGCGGACCACAUCCAGUGUCGAAUUGAUAGUGCAGAUCUCCUACAACAGCUAAGUUUUGACAUUCUUCGGCGUAAUUUGCGGUUUAAUCCCUUUCUCAGAAUUCCUCGUGCUAGAACUAACUAUGGCUUUAAUGAACCGUUUUCGAGUAUAUGUCGCGUAUUCAAUACUUGCUCUGAUGGAUUUAAUUUCAAUUUAUCUCGUAACGCCAUUUAAUCCCGUUUUCUCCAAAUCUUUUCCCGCUAAUUUUAUUAGGAUAAUUAGUCAAUAUGAAUAGUUGUUAGUUAGCUUUGUAGUUUAAAUAAGGGUAAUUAAAGAUUUCGUUAUGUAUCAUUUGGUCAAAUGUUAUCUGUUGAUACAAAAGAUGAGAAGGUUUUAUGCCUGCUGGAGAAGGAGAACCAAAAUCCCAGCUCCAGCAGGCUUUUCCCUUGCUCCUAAAUAAACAAAUAAACAAAUUAACAGAUGGAUGAAAAAGAGAUGACCAAAAUAAAUACUUUAAAUUGACCCCACAAAUUUCCAAAAGCAGCCCUCGGGGAUUGUUGUUUGUCAUUGAAUUAUUUGUACUGAAGACGUUUAAAAAUUUAAUAGCAAAUCCUUAAGGAUUAUCGAAAGUAAUAAACUAAUUUCGAACGGUUGUCCAUAACCUGCUUCACCGCUAGUGAUAUUAUUUAGUCGUCUUUGAUGAAUGUUCGUAGCAGGAUAAUGACAGGAUCAAUUUUCGAUUAACGAUUUAGCGAUAAAAUGAAAAAUACUUGGACAUUCGAAAGUUCAAAUUACCCUUUUAUUAAAUAUUGUGUCCAUUAACUUUGACAUGAACGCUAUAUUCGUUCAAGAAUUGUAUCAAAAGGUCUCUCAUUCGUCGAGCCACCAAAUCGGUUUGCUUGUAUUCAAUCCUGAGAAUCAAUAUUCUGUUCUAGCGGAGUGAACAUGAGGAGUGAUUAUACCAGUAUUGUUCUUACAUGCCACGAUUUCUCCUUCAGAUAUGAUAUUCACGAUUCCCAUAUGGUAAUUCGUCAAGUAAUCCAAAGUUCUUGAAAAGAAAUGAUUUGGCUUAAGCAGCUUACAAAUGUCAUGAAUACCAUCCGUUUUGAAGUAAACCACUCUUGAAAACUCACCCGAAUCGGCUGAACAAACUUCAGCAUGCUAAAUGCAAGGAAAAUAUUUUCAUCUGAACUCAUUAUUUCAACAGCAGAAUCCUAUCAUUAAUACGUAAAAAAAUCGUUACAUAAUUUAAUUUGUUCAUCUCACGCCCACGAUGGCCAACAUAAUUCAUCUAACUACAUCUACUGGUAAAUGACAUUAGAACUUGUGUUUCUGUUUACGGUAUAGCUAAAACAGUCUUUGGCAAGUAAUGAUUUUGAUACCCUAUUAAGCACGUGUUUUCAAAUGACGAAUCAAUCAUGCAUGUAAAAUCUCCACCCAAAUCUACUCGUUGCGCGCCAAACUAUUUUCCAAAGAUCUAGUAUUCUUUUCUUCAACGGCGAAAUACUGAGCAUCUCCUUGCGCGCCAAACAUCAAUCGUAAAUCUAGCAAUCAUUGGCGACUUUUUCAGUGGAAAAUUCCAUUGUCCAUACAAAAUAACUUUAUUGGUUUUUCCCACUUUUCCGGUAAGUUUUCCAAAUUUUUUUGAUGUACGAACCCGGUGGGGGUAAAAACUGAUCAAACAAAAUAAAAAGCAUCUCAAUCCGUCCAUCCGUUCUUACGUGAUGCGAUUACAAAGAAUGAUCUCUGCAUUUUUAUAUAUAUUUCUCCAAUAAUUGGUACGAUGCAGCUCGACAAAAUUCACUGGGUUCCCACUUAGAAAAAAACGUUCAACGGUGGUCCUUCAUUGGUCCAAUACGUUGGAUCAUUGGUCCAAUGAAAGUCCAAUCAAUCGUUCAACGGGAGGCCAACACGGGACCUUCGUUUGCCGAUUUUGAAACAGACCGUUGAACCGAAUGCCAUUUUUUUCGUUCAACAAACCCGGCAGACAGAGGUCCAUUGUUGAGCCAUUUUUAACAUGAGAAGUUGGAGCCCCGUUGGACUAGUUUUACUACAGAAUUUCUGAAGUUUUUUCCACUUAUUUGUUUAAACUAACAAUACAUACCUACACAAUACUUCUACUUCACGUAGAAUAACAACAAAUUUUCUUUCUAUGUAAAGGUAACACUUAAUUUUCACACUAUUUUUGCAAGAGAAAAAACAACAACAAACCGUUCCAGCAAAUUGAACGAAUAUUUCGUGCAAUAUGUCGUUCAACAAACCAACAAAAUUGAACGGCCUGCUGAGAGGGUUAUUUCGACAUACUCACACUAGCAUUAACCUUUCAACUGCUGAGAAUAGCCACACCAACACAUUCGCACGUGGAUUGGACUAUUGUGUUUCGUUAGGGCAUGUUCAAGAAUGUUCAUUUUUCUGUCUUGGCAUUACAUACCUUUUGUGGAAUUUGGCCUUUCUGUUUCAACCGAUUCUUAGCGUACAGAAUCAUUGUAUGAGUAGUACUUCAAUUUUUCUGACAGAUUCUUAGUGUUGAUUCUUCCAGAUCGGGUCUAGAGCAUAGGACAACUGUUUUACAGAAUGUUCUUGUACUAGAUGCAUAAUUUAUGUCAUUAUUGAUAAUUUAAAGUUGGAAAUUAUAACAAGAAAAAUUGGCAACCCCAGAAGCGUUUUACUUGUGUUUCAAAUAUAGAAAAAAUAAAACGGCAACGUUUAAAUUUGACAGUCAAACUUUUCGAAUAAAUAAAUCUAAAUUGGCUGGCUGAGUUUGAUUCAAUUUCAGAUCUUUUAUCCGUCUCCCAUAUAAAAAUUUUCAGUUUCUGAAUUUGCUCUGAAGGGAUUGAAAAAUGCCAACGGAAGGUAACACGGAUUUCUAGGAGUCAAAAAAUCUGGAAAGGAAUUCCGGGUUAUUCCAAUGAUUUUUUCGUUUAUGUAAUGUAAUUUCCAGUUGAUUCCUAGAAUUGGAUUCAGAAUUGAGGCCGUGGAAUAAUUUUAAUUUUUAGUUAGAAUUUGACAGUCGAGUAGCUAAGUUUAACUGAAACUGCGGCCCAAGGCUUGACAGAUGGAAAGUUAUUUGGGUUUAUUUUGCACUGAAACUUAAGAAGAACUUUGAGAAAAACUUACUUCGUUUGUCAAUGUUUUGAAACUUUUUAUUAGCACAUUUUCUUCGACUGAUAUUACGAGAUUUUAUGCGGACUCGCCUGAAAGCGCCAUGCUCUCGCAAAAAAGGAUGUUGCCAAUGAUUUGUUCGGGAAAUGUGAGAGCUCAAUAUCUUGUUAAUACGAUGUCUUUGUAGUCAGUAAAGUUAGAAUUACUCACUUUUGAUUGAAGAUGGUGUUUUUGAAAUACUAGGUUUGUUCGCAACGCUGUUUUAUUACGUAUGGGUUGAUCUAUUUUAGAUCUACGACUAAACCAUGUCAAUCACAACGCUGAGAUCUAGUUCUAUUUUUCGAGCACAAAUUUGAAAGAUUCAAGAUUCAAAACAGAUCGACGAAUUUAUUUCAAAUUAAUGAAAAUUUGAAACACGAAUAGAACACUGUUUUAAAUUUCUUACGUGAGUGUGGGUAGCGACAUCUGACAGGCGAAAUGUCAAAGCGUCGAAUGACAUAUCAGGAAUUGUCAAAUGUUUUGCACUGAAUUAUACAGUUUCAGCACUGUAGCUAACUAUCAUCGAAAAAUUUCCUCUAGAACUUCGUGACAAAACUUUAUAUCGUUUUCGAAAUCAUUAAUUUUGUUUGUUUGUUUCUGAUUUGAAACAUCACAGUGAGCUGACAUAACCCCAAUACAUUACCAGACAAAUGUAGAACAAAUAUUAAAUCUUCGUGUUGUGAUCAUCAAGCUCGAGUUUUAUUUUUGACAGUUUUUAAUUAUACGACAGCCUGUCAUUUUAGAACAGAUGUCCAUCACAGCGUUGCGAAUAACCUAAGUAACAUUCAUGCAGUGCUAGAAAAAAAGAUAAUUAGCUCAAAUAAAAGAACAUGAACAACGCUCUAUGGCCCAAUUCACGUAUGGAUGUGUUGGAAUUGCUCUUGGAAAGGAAUAUAAAUAAUUUACUCAGCAACUGUUUUGCUAUUUGUUUCACAGUUCAGGAUUCAAAACAAUUUGACUCAAGUGAAGCGUCACUCUGGUUUGUCCGAUGAAUCUUGACAAUUAAAUUAAUAAUUUCUUUGAAAGGCUGUUUCGAUGCUUCAUGAAGGCCAUUAGGGUAAAGUGUUAUAAUAUGUUUGAGAUAUUUAUAAAUGUACUGGUAUAUUUUAUUCGAGAAUGUAGGGUAAGGGCUCCCUAUUUUAUCUCAUUUGUAAGGACGUCGCCUUCAAACCCCGAUUUAGCCACUAAAAUCACUGUAACUAUUUCAUAUUACUGCUUCAUUCGCCUUGCUCCACGUUGAAAAUUGAUUCACAUUUCUUGAAAAUUCAACUAAUAUUUACAAAACUGCUAAAAACACUAAUGAUGUUUUCACUUCUCUGCUCCUAAUUUCAUCUCAAUUGAUUUUUAUCCAUCCUAUCGUUGAUCUUUUAUUCAUCCUAUAAAUUAGCAAUGGCGACAGCAAUCAAAACAAAAUAUUCCACUAUUACACUCUCAGCCUGCCAGCGCUGCCAGAUACACAACUCAAACGAUACAACCGUACCCAGCAGGAUUUUUCCACAUUAUUAUUAUUGGUAAAAAAUUUACUCGUUGAAUUAUCUAAUUAAUGGGGCAAUGACUUACGGAGAUCUAAAGAACUAUCUUCUAACAUCAUUUUAUUAACGAAAACAGAUAGAACAGAUAUGGACUUUCUAUGCAAAGUAAUACAUAUUUUCUAUGAAAAUACCUGGCAUCUCUGUGCACAGCCGAUGAAACACACGCACACUUCACAGCGUUAUGUUGGCGUAUAGAGGAAUGAAACCAGUGCUACUAGAUUUGCCACAGGGGUUAUUUCAUUAGUAUUUAACACGUUCUUUCUGGUAAUAUUCGAAGCAGAAACAGUUUUAUUGAAAUAUUAAUAUCAAUAAUAUAAUUAAACUAAUGUCACGGAUACCAAAAAAAUACUUUUUGAUGAUAAUUUAAAGAAGAUAAACAAUUUUUGUUUUGUAACAUUAUGAAAUAACUUGGCAACUUUGCGAAACCAAAUGAGAUGAAAACAAAGCGCAAUCAAGUGAACGAAGUGAAAAACUUUCAUCUCAUAUUUUUGAAGACUUUUAUUGCUUGUCGGGUAAAUUUUGAAGUUUUUAAUCGUUAACUAAACAAGUGGCAAGUGAACAUAACUAAUUAUGAAGUCAUCCAGCAUUCAAGGGUAGUGUAAUUUUGCAAAAUAGUGAUCAUGUUUUGAGACGAAUCGAUUAGUAGAUAUUCAGAAACAUGACGAACUGUAAAGCUUGAGACGAAAAUGUGUCCUAAAUUGAAAAGUGAAGUUUAUUUUAUAUGAAAAAAAGAUCACCGAAGAAUUUAAAACCAUUUCUUUCAAUAGGAAAGUGUGACAAUAGCUUUUCAAAUCAUUUUAAAACAUUUCACAGUUUGCUUCCGGUAGGUUGUAAAAUAUUAUUCAUGUUCAAAGUUAUGAGGUGAAGGGAUAAGAUGGAUAUAGGAGCUCAGAUGAAAUAGGGAGCCGUUGCCCUAUAUGUUUCUUUGCAAUACGUCUGAGGAACAUAAUUUUCGGUAGAAGUGAUAAGAAUUGAUUGAUACAAACACAUUUUCCAAAACGACCGCAUUCUUAGUUUUAUUUUGCUUGCCCUGGAUAUAAUGCCCCAGUAACCGUAUAAUAUACCUCACAACAAUGAUGCAAUAUGCCACUUGAAAUGUCGAUAUAGAAGAAAAGCAGAUAAAGAAGAUAUUCUUUGCAUCAGAAAUCAAUUGCAUAAUCAAUUAAAUACAAUUGGAAACCAACAUUUUUUACCCUCCCAACGCCACAUUUUGUUUCAACAAUAGUUAUAAAUCUUAAAAACAAUUUUUUACUUUUUUAUUUAUGACUUCUGGUCAGUCAGUAAUUUUUACUUUUUUCGGUUUUUUAACGAUAUCAAACUAACUGGAGAUUAUAAGAGGAGAAAGAAUAUGGAAUCAUAGAGCCAUAGUACUCAAGGAAGAGCAAGGAUGUGAAGAAUAAAGUGCGGAAAAGUGAGACGUGUCAGAAAGUAAAGGCAAAGGUCGUUUACGGUUCGGACAGUAAAUGACAAACGACCUUUGCCUUUACUUUCUGAUAUAUCAGAGACUCGGAUGACUCGUAUCGCUAAGAUGCCUAAGUUCGACUCCUCUGGUAAAAGGUAAAAGUUUAGAUACGAGAAGCCUUCUGCUUACUUAAAAUGACCCUUGUCACGUCUCACUUUUCCGCACUUUAUUCUUCACAUCCUUGCUCUUCCUUGAGUACUAUGGCUCUAUGAUUUCAUAUUCUUUCUCCUCUUAUAAUCUCCAGUUAGUUUGAUAUCGUUAAAAAAGCGAAAAAACUUUAAAAAAAUAUUUUAUCUCCAAGCAUACUGUUGAAUCGAAGGUGGGGCAUAAUGUCCGUAGAGUGACUGUUAUGAGAAAAUUCGUAUAUAAAAAAAAUGGCUUCGUUUCUCUAGAUUUUCUUACUGUAAAUAGAGACAUUAGCACUUCUGAAAAUUUAAUAAUAAGUAGCAAUCGACCAUUACACGUUUUUUACGGUUAAAAUGCUUGUUUAGUCGAAGCAAAACCUUACAUCGAAAAGGUGCCUAAUGAUAUUUUCAGUUUUUUUUUUUUCAUAUUUUCCUGCAAACGACAACUGCCAAACUUGCAUAGCAGAAAGAUCGUAGGAAAAGAUACUGUUAGUGAUAAACCUUUUGUGCUGAAAAGUUUUGAAUUCUUAAAAAGGAAGGGGCAUUUUGGCCAACAGGGGCGCAUUAUAACACUUUCCCCUACACUAGGGAGUGGAAUGAAAUUACUCAAAUUUUCAAUUAUUUCCAUCCUUCGAUUGGGUUGCUCGAACAACUUGAAAUCUGGAAGGUCUUAAGGUAAUUAAAAUCAAAACUAUUGUAAUAAUAAAAUAUACACGACGAACAGCAAAUCAAGCAAAAACCGAGAGAUUAGAUCUGACGGGAACGUUUAACUCACGAGCGAGCUAUUUAGUUAGGGUAGUCCAGUUCACUGGAUGUGGAUGGUGCUAUGUCGAAUAUCGAGCUUUCCUUUAUUGUUGCCUAUUUCUAGCUGCUCUUCAUCCAAUUCAAAGGCUUAACCAUUUAGACCAACCGACAGUUCAGUAGUAGUUAAAUUUUAUCAGCAUAGAGCUUGAAAAUAAAAUAAUUAGGCCCGCUUAAUUUCCCCCUACUGGCAAACCUAGAAAAAUCUUGGAUUUCACUGUCAAUUUUCGACAGCUACUGUAUUUUUACUGUCAUGACAGUAUGAUCAUACAAAUAAAUCAACAAAUGAUAUGAAACAAAUUAUUUAUUUCAUCGAACAGACGAAUGAAAUUUAAUCUCUAAUGUUUAGUGUACCAUUUUUAGUUUAGUAUGAUUUUUUUCUAGCAAUUUUAUUUAUUCAAUAACACACAAAAUGAGAUUCAGUAGAUACUAGAAUGACAAAUACUGAAAGCAAGUAAUUUGAAUAAAAUACUUUACAAUAACUAGUUAUAUCACAAUGAAAAACAAAACCAAGAAAAUAUAACAGAACACUUGACGAAAUAAA